GGCUUUUCUUCUCGAGCUCGCUGGCAGUGGGUGUUAGGGCAGGCAGUGGGGAAUUUCAUCCCGCAGCACGCCCUGUCCAUCGGAGUAGCGUGCCUUCUGCGCUGGGAUAGCUCCGCUUGUACCAGAAGCGGCCUGGAGAUGUUGAGGGGUGAGGGGAACGCAGCGCUGGGGUCUGGCCCUGCUGCGCCCCGAGCCUGCCGGGCAAGGUGUGCGGGCAGCGGCAUGAGGCAGCGGCACGGAGCGGCCUCGAGAGCCCAGCAGCGUUUGCUGUAAUCUUCUGCAGCGCUGCCAGCACAAAGGGGCCUAAAUGCAGUUCUUAAAGGUAGUCAAUAACCCCAAAUGCAUUCUCACAUCCUGUUAUUCUCUAAACGGUCUGAUAAGAUCAAAGGAAAGAAUAUCCGGAAACUCGCUUAUUUCAGCUGCCUUGAAUAUUUUAAUUCGGUUGCAUCUUCUCAGAUUAGUUUAAUUCCAUCCCAUCCAUAUCCAUUUAUAUUCUUCCUAACUUCAUCAUUUUAGAGAUAUCUGAAAAUUCCACUGCCUAUUUCUGAACUGUUCCAGGCACUUGUCUGUCUGCCUGGACUGUCUUUCCAGACCCAGGCCUGGGUAUACUUCAGGUAUACCUCAGGUAUACUUCAUUUGUAUACCUGCCCAUCUUUAAUACAGGCAGGCAUCACUUUAUUAUCUGACUGUGGAUCUCUUCAUUGCAUUAUCCAUAAUGCUUCCUUUACUCCAGACUUGCUGGCAUUCUGGUUGCUCAGCAUUAAAAGCAUAUUUUUCUCCAUUACAGACUGUUCUGCAGAAUUUUCAAUGCUUACACCGACAGGCUUAUUUUCGUGGGCUUUGUUUUCCCAGUGAUACAUAAUUCUUGCCUCAUCCUCGCUUUUUUCCAUUGCGUAUUUCCACAUUUUGCCUUUCCGUACUAACCUCUUUUUACCAAUAUAAAAUGCAGAUAAAGAAGGUAAAUGGCUGAUCCAAGAGUGAAGCCAGUUAUACAUGCCCUAUUUCUCACCUCUAUUUCCUAACACAAAAUUAUCUUUGUUUUCCUGUGAGAGCUGAAAUGAAGAUUCCCAGGAAGAUUGUCCUGCAAGGCUAACUUCUCAAGACAUGGCCAUGUCCAGUUCCCUUCUGUGGGCUGUUGACAUUUUUGGGAGGGUUUACACUCUGUCCACCGUUGGCCAGCACUGGGAGCUCUGUAAGGAUACACAGCUGGAAUUCAAACGGGUCUCUGCUGUCAAGCAGUGCUGCUGGGGAAUAGCCUGCGAUCAUCAAGUAUACACCUACGUGUUCUCGGGUGAUGUUCCUAUUAGAUACCAGGAAGAGACCUAUGAAAAUCAGCGCUGGAAUCCAGUUGGUGGCUUUUGUGAGAAAUUAUUGCCCAGUGACCGCUGGCAGUGGAGUGAUGUGAGCGGGCUAAAACAUCAGCAGCUUGAUAGUUUCACACUGCCUUCACCACACUGGGAGUGGGAGUCUGACUGGUAUGUGGAUGAAAAUAUUGGAGGGGAACCAACAGAGAAAGGGGGCUGGACUUAUGCCAUAGACUUCCCCAGCACCUACACAAAGGAUAAGAAAUGGAAUUCUUGUGUGAGACGCAGGAGAUGGAUCAGAUACAGGAGAUACAAAUCACGGGAUAUUUGGGCAAAGAUCGUAUCACAGGAUGAUCCGGAUCAGCUGCCAGACCCUUUCAAUGACAUCUCAAUUGGAGGAUGGGAAAUCACUGAUGAGCCUCUUGGCCGUUUAUCAGUGUGGGCGGUUUCUUUGCAAGGAAGGGUGUGGUACAGAGAAAACGUUUGCCAUCACAAUCCAGAAGGUUCCAUGUGGUCCUUAAUCACCACUCCUGGUGAAGUUGUACAGAUCAGCUGUGGACCGUAUGACCUCCUCUGGGCAACUCUUUGGGAAGGGCAAGCUAUUGUGAGAGAAGGAAUUGAUAGGAAUAACCCUCAAGGAAUUUCCUGGAGUAUUGUGGAGUCCCCAAGCUCUGAAAAUGGGAUUAUGCACGUCUCUGUGGGAGUUGAUGUGGUGUGGUGCGUUACAAAAGAUCGGAAGGUAUGGUUUAGAAGAGGUGUGAAUUCACAUAAUCCUUGUGGAACAAGCUGGAUUGAAAUGGUUGGAGACAUGAUGAUGGUAAACGUAGGCUUAAAUAAUCAGGUCUGGGGAAUUGGCUGUGAUGACAGAGCAAUCUACUUUCGCCAAGGUGUCACACCAAGUGAGCUCAGUGGGAAGACGUGGAAAGCAAUUGUAUGCGGCCGAGAGAGUGACAGAUCUCAGACUGGGAGCUCAACAAGUCUGCUCAGUGCUGGCUGUUUCUUUACUGAUGAUAUUCAGAACCAAACAAACGCGGUCAUUCCUGGUGAUGCAGACACUUCCUCUGACACAGAUCUUCCAAGCAUCCCCACGUACCUUGCCAACACUCCCCCGAUGGGAGCUGCAGCCAGUGGCAGUGGUAGCAGUGCAGGCAAUCAGACAGCAGAAAUAUGUGCAAAUUUGACUGUGGAUCCUCUGGACUCUGAUCAAGGAGAAGCCAAUGUUGCUUCAACUGGUAAUAAGAAAUCUAAUCUUGAAAGCCUUAAGUCUACAAACCCAAAUCCUUCUGCAGAACUGCAGUGGACAAACAUUGACUUAAAGGAGGCUCAGAAGCAUCCAGUCCUCUCUGUCAACACCUUUGCAGAAACGUCCAGCCUGUCUUCCCUUGGCAUGUUCUCGGUGGGAGCUGAGGAGCAGUACGGAGCUGAUGAGCACCCGCUGUGGGCCUGGGUGUCUGGGGGAGGCUGCCUUGUGGAUUUGCACAGCCCACUGAAAUGGUUCACUGUCUCCUCAGGUUUGUCGUCCUCCGUGCAGUCUCUUUCUCUGUCUAUCACUCCAGCACAGACAGCAGCAUGGCGAAAGCAAAUUUUUCAGCAGCUCAGUGAAAGGACAAAGCGGGAGCUGGAGAAUUUCAGGCACUAUGAACAGGCUGUUGAGCAGUCAGUUUGGGUUAAAACUGGGAUGUUGCAAUGGUGGAGAAAUUGGAAGCCUCAUAAAUGGAUGGAUGUGCGAGUGGCACUUGAGCAGUUCACUGGGAGUGACGGAAUGCGCGACAGCAUCCUGUUCAUCUAUUACAUGUAUCAUGAGGAGAAAAAGUAUAUUCAUGUGUUCCUGAAUGAAGUCACCAUUAUAGUCGAUGUUCUGAACGAAGCCAAACACACCUUUGCCCUGUAUACACCUGAAAGGACGAAGCAGCGAUGGCCAAUCCGCCUAGCAGCCACAACAGAACAAGAAAUGAAUGACUGGCUGUCUUUGCUGAACAUGUCCUGUUGUGAAAGCAGACGGAUUCAAGGCCCCCCUUCUCAUCAUGCCAUUUGGUCAGUUACUUGUAAAGGAGACAUCUUCGUUAGCGAGCCAAGUCCUGAACUGGAGGCAGGACCACACCUGAUGCCAUGUGAUCAAAUGUUUUGGCGUCAAGUUGGAGGGCAUCUUCGACUGAUAGAGUGCAAUAACCAAGGCAUAGUGUGGGGCAUAGGAUAUGAUCACACAGCUUGGGUUUAUACUGGUGGAUAUGGAGGUGGCUUCAUCCAAGGACUGGCCAGUAGUGCUGAUAACAUCUAUACGCAGUCAGAUGUGAAAUGUGUUUACAUCUAUGAGAACCAGCGGUGGAACCCAGUCACUGGAUACAGCAGCAGAGGCCUACCCACGGACAGAUACAUGUGGAGCGAUGCCUCUGGCCUGCAGGAAUGUACAAAAGUCAAUACCAAGCCUCCUUCACCACAGUGGACUUGGGUAUCCGACUGGUAUAUUGAUUUUAGUACUUCAGGUGGAACAGAUCGGGAAGGCUGGCAGUAUGCAGCAGACUUUCCAGCGUCCUACCAUGGCCACAAGACAAUGAAAGACUUCGUCCGACGGAGGCGCUGGGCAAGAAAAUGUAAGAUAGUCACCAGCGGGCCAUGGCUGGAAGUGCCUCCUGUUACCCUGUGGGACAUCUCCAUAAUUCCCAGUUCAGAUGCGGUUGAUGAAGAAUCAGUAGCACUGUGGGCAAUCAGUGACAAAGGAGACGUGCUCUGCAGACUUGGAGUGACACAGCAAAACCCAGCUGGAACAUCCUGGCUUCAUGUGGGAACAGAUCAGCCCUUCAUUUCCAUCUCCAUUGGAGCAUUUUACCAGGUGUGGGCUGUUGCUAGAGAUGGUUCUGCCUUCUACCGGGGCUCAGUGUCUCCAAAGAAACCUGCAGGUGACUGUUGGUACCAUAUUCCUUCACCUCAAAAACAAAAAUUAAAACAAGUCUCAGUAGGACGAACAUCUGUGUUUGUGUUGGAUAAGAACGGCAACCUUUGGUACCGGCAAGGUAUCACACCAAGCUACCCUCAAGGAUCUACUUGGGAUUAUGUAUCAAAUAAUAUCCGCAAAAUGUCUGUAGGGCCCCUGGACCAGGUCUGGGUGAUAGCUGACAAAGUGCAAGGAAGUCACAGUUUGAGCUGUGGGACAGUGUGCCACCGCACUGGCGUUCAGCCAAUGGAGCCCAAAGGCCUCUCAUGGGACUACGGAAUUGGGGGUGGAUGGGAACACAUUACAGUCAGAGGAAAUGCAACUGAAGCAUCUAGGGUCGCUAUGCAAGACACUUCUGAGGAAAACUCAGUAUCAAAGGACUUGCAAGACAAUGAAAGUAAAGGGAGAGCGGUACAUUCCAAAACCCCUCUGAUGGUCAGUGAAAGCCAAGACUUGGACAGAAGUGCAGUUAAUUGUUAAGUUGCCACUGUCUAUGUUUUGCAAACAAGCAGCAGUAAUUUAAAAAGAAACUGAAUGUCCAUGUGAAUGUCCAUGACCCAAGAGAAAAACAUGAUCGUUUUGUGCUACUUAUGUUUUACUGAACUGGAAUUUACAGUGGGGUAAUUUUAAUACUGAUUUCUUCAACUGUGUCAUGUGUAAAAUGUAACUUACUAGAACUAAUAGUUUUGUCAAAACAGGCAAGCAUUAUAGCCACAAUGUAUUUCUGACCCUUUACCAUAGCUGCUACAGAACUAUACAAAUGUGAAUCUUUGCAUAUGACCAUUACAUCUAUUUAAUUUUUGUAUUACAGUUCUCGUCCCUACAUUUCUCAUAUUCAUGUGUCUUCCAUGCUACACUUCAGAUUCAUAUUUGAGUAGAGAUAUCAAUAUAACCGAAUUACAAGCAUUUCCAUGAUUUGCACUGCAAACAUCCAUACAUGCACCUAACUUUGUGCAUGUGAGCCCUGUUUACAUAAGCCUGUAGGUUUGGUCACGCUACUCCUGCUCACAUCAGUAAAAUUAAAUUCUGUACAACUCAGCUUAGGAUGCAGUUACCAGUAAAGGCCAAUUUUUGCUAUUUUGGCACUCAAUAUCUUAACAAAAAGAAUCACUGGUUUCAGCAAGACUAUAUAGAGAGCAUGGUCUCUCAUUCAGUCUUGGUUACAGAGGCUAAGUCUCACGCUAGAUUGUCGGGACAAACUGCAAUAGAUCAUGUGUAGUCUCCAUCUUAACUGGAACCCUAAUCACUAAGGUAUACAGAUAUAUACCUACCUAAUGAUGUUGGAAGGAACCAGACACUUGAAGAAUUAGACUGUGCACGAGAUAAUUGUAAAUUAUACAUUCGUAACAUAAAAGAGAAGAGGGGAUCUUAAAUAAGAUUCUGGCUUCACAGGUAGGAAUUCAAAACAACUGUGCUGGUACCAGUGGAAUCUGUCACCAUAUACUUAGGCAGGUUUAGGAGGAGGCUCUACAUUUUGAUUUUAGUAAGCAACUGAUUCAUUCCUUCUUACAGCAAGAAACCAUGUUUUUUUCCCCAGAAGAGCAUUUUUCCUGUCUUUUACUUAUCUUAGUUAGACUGUGAUGUGCAAUUAUUGUUUGAAAUCAUUAUUUGAAAUCCAGUCUGUGGGAAGUGCUGAGAAAGCAUUCUCUCCCAGUAGCUUCAGGAAGGCACCACCUUUUCUCCCCUGGCAGCAGUUUACAAUCAUUUUCCCUCUAUGUGUGACUAUAUAUGAAGUUAUUUUUAUAUGAUAAGCAGUGUGGUGUGGUCUCAGUACUGUAUUUGUAGAAGUAAAGCUUAUGUUUGCACGUAUUUAAAGAAUAUAUUUGAUAUUCUAAUGCCAAGGAAAGCACUGUUUCGAAACCCAAAUGUGAAUGAAGACUGAAGAUGCUUUACUGUUUAAAAAAAAUCUGUUGAUCUUUCCAAUAUGUGAUUACAGAUUUCUGUUUUAUACAUACAUUGUGGAAAUAUCAAAAAUAACAUUUUGUGUUAAUUACCAUAAACAGGUUUUGCGUAACUUGCACAGUAUCUUGUCCAAAUAAAUAACUUUAUCAUGUAUUUUUAGAGAAUUAUUAGGAUUGUAUUUUCUCUGCAGCAUAUCAGAAAAGUUUUUUUUUCAUUAAUAGUCAGUGUCUACAUGGCCAACUAGCUAAUCGAUUCCAUACAAUAAGCUCUAUAAUGUUCCUUUGCUUCUUUCCCUGCACUUUCAAGUUUCACCUACUUUACUGUAAAACACUGGCUUUAAGUGAACACAGGUAACUUAUGUUUGAAUAUUAAGUAUUUCCUUUUUGAAACUGUUAAUUAGAAAAUGGAUUAAUUUUAAAAGAUAAUACCAUUGUUAUGGCUAACUAAAAUCAGGAAAAGUGACUUUAAAGCAAUUUUGAAAAAUAAAAGUAAUUUAUCAGAAAAA